AAGGGUUAACGCCGCUGCGUGCGGGCAAAGAAGAGCGCACGUCUCGGCGCGGCACCUUCGCUUCACCUCGAUUCUCAAGACGCGCAAUCCUUCCUUGCUCGCUCGCUUGCUUGCAAUGUAGCAGAUCCUCGUGCCGCUGCUUGGAUCUCGCCUGCCUACACACUCGUGCAGUCUCAAAUCCAGCCGGAUUACAGUUGCAAUCGGAACCCAGGAGCUGCAGCGAUUGAGGUUCCAUCUUCACUGGGUGGUGGGUGUUUGAUUCUGUACGAUGAAGUUCAGCAAUUGGAACCGUCUCUUUCUGGUGCUCGUUUUGUUAGCUCAGACUUUGGUCUUUACAAGCACGCAAGAAGAAAAGCCUUCCUGUGAUCUAAGAUGUAAAACUGGGGUUUGCAAUUAUGACGGUAGUUGCCACUGUGUUCAAGCUACUCUGGGAGGCCCUCUUAAUUUUUUUGGUGGGCAAUUUUGUGAUCUGCCGAGCCAUUAUUGCAGUGAAUCUCCCGACCUUAGUUUUUGGUGCGUAGACAACAACAACAACAGCACUUGUGGAAAAAAGGAAGAUGGCACCCCCACAUGUAUAUGUCAACUUGGAUAUAGUGGAGAUAGGUGCGAGUUCGCAGGUACUCUUUGUGGAGUAGGAUACUGCUACAACAAUGCAACAUGUGUUGAUGGAAAAAGCUGUGAUUGCCCUCUUGGUUGGCAAGGAAAUGCUAACUGCACUUUGGCUACUCCCGAGAAGUCUUCCAGUGGCUCAGGCAUCAAGUGGUGGGGUGGUCUCCUGAUUACAGGUGCAGUUGUUGCUGCGAUUUCGGUGGCAGUUGCAUUUGGCUUGAAAAAGUACAAAGAGAAAAUGGAUGGAGUUAAUCGGUUCAAUGAGUUGAAGAAGUCGCAAAUGAGAGGCGGGGCUGAAUCUGAUGAUGACGAUGCAUAUGACAGCGAUCCUUAUGAAGAAGGUGGCAAGAGAUCUAGAACAACUCCACAACUGUAGUAUAUUUUCUGAUUUAGGAAUUCCUCAGGUUCCUCCGGAUGGACGUGAACUGCCGAUUGGCAUUUGAUGUCUUCUACUGCAGCCCAAAUUUGUUAUCAGAGGGCAAUUAUUUCGGCUUUUAAAGCUUUUUCUGUGAUCUUUCCUUAAUCAUUUUUUUUUUCCGUCUCCUGGUAGGCUAUCUUAUCUAUUUCCAAUUUUUAUUUUAUGUUCAUAAAACUAAUCAAGUUUCUGCCCAGCGUAGUGAAAGAUCGGUUUCGCCGACUCGUAUCAGUUUUAGUGUAUUAUGUCAUGCAGUGUAAUGCCAAUUCUAUUGCUUAAGAUUAUUGACUUCGAAAGUUUGAGUA